UAAUUCAUUUGUUAAUAAGAGUUUGCAAUCUGUAUUGCAGUACGAGUAUUCCAAGAUGAAGUUUUUGGUGCAGUUUGUUUGCUUCAUGAGUCUGGCAUAUUGGAUAUCAGCCACUAACCAAGAGGUUGUAAUUCCAAGUUCACCACCGGUAGCAAUUCGUUUUGAAUAUUUUGAUCCGAAGGGUUGCAAUAUCAAAUGCGGCGUUACUUGUAAAGAUGUACGCGAAAAUACAGCAUGUUUGAAGAAUCCAGUUGGAACAUGCCCACCUGGAAAUUGUGCUGAUGGUUAUGUUAGAGCUGAUGGUCCAAAGCAUAAAUGCAUAUCAUGGUUCGAUUGUUCAGCUAAAAAGUUUGUUAAAGAAACUGUUAAUGACAACCCGGCUCUUAAAGACUUGCUGUUAAUGAUUCCAUAUAUCCGCGAAAUUCAUGAGUCUAAUUCACAUGACAACCCAACACAUAAUACCCACCCACAUGUCAGACCAAAGAUUGAUUUUAGUCCCAUAUCACCUCCAGAUGGAAAACAAGAACACCGCGAUAAUACAAGACAGUCUUCAGAUGCUGAUGAUGUUAAAGGACCAAUUCCAGUAGUUAAACCACGAAACCCUGAUCGCGAUGAAGAACCAACUCGUAACAUUCAAUCACCAGCGCCAGAAGAAAAACCGAAAAAUGUAAUCACUCUUCCAGUGGUUCCCGAAAAUACUCAUCCUCUUGCUCCAGAAAAUCGACCACGAAUUCGUCCUACUCAAAAUGCAGCACCAAGAGAUAAUCAAGAAAGUCGUGUACCUCAAAGACAAACUUUGGAAAAUAACCAAGAAAAUGGUGCUGCUGAAAGUCAAGCUACAAGAAAUAUCCAAGAAAAUCGUGUUUUUCGAAACCGAGAUGCAAAUGUUAACCAAGAAAAUAAUGCUACUGUAAGCAACGCACCACAGGAUAAUCCAAAUAUUCCUAGAGCUCAAAGGCCACCUUUUAACGUUAGUCCGGAUUUUGAUGUUGCAGCAAGUAGACCAUCAGAAGAUAACCAAGAAAGUCGUGCUGCUGCUACCCUAGCAGUAGAAAAUCAUCAAGAAAAUCAAACUGCUCAAUGGCCAGCUCCAGAAGAUAAUCAACAAAAUCCUGAUGCUCCAUGGCCAGUCCCUCAUGUUAAACCAGAAAUUGAUGUUGAUGCAUGGGGUGCAGCAGAAGCAAAUCAGCAAAACCGUGGUGAUGAAACACCAGCAGCAGGAAACAACCAAGAAAACCCUGACGGUCAGCGACCAUCUCCAGAUGUUAAGCCUGAAAUUAAUGUUGUUCCAAGCGUAGCAUUUGAAGCUAACCAAAACGCAGAAAAUAAUCAAGAAAAUCUUGCUACUGGAACCUCUGCUGGAGAAAAUAACCAAGUAAAUCGCACUGAUCAAUGGUCAGUUCCAGAAGGUAAUCAACAAAAUCCUGGUCCCCCAGGACCAGUCAAGCAAGAAAACCAACCAAACAACCAAGAAAAUCCCAACGGUCAGCGACCAUCCCCAGACGUUAAGCCUGAAAUUAAUGUUGUUCCAAGUGUAGCAUUUGAGGCUAACCAAAACGUAGAAAACUCUGCUGUAGAAAAUAACCAAGUAAACCAUACUGUUCAGUGGCCAGCUCCAGAAGAUAAUCAACAAAAUCCUGAUGCUCCAUGGCCAGUCCCUCAUGCUAAACCAGAAAUUGAUGUUGCUGAAUGGGGUGCGCCAGAAGCAAACCAGCAAAAUCGCGGUGAUGAAGCACCAGGAGCAGCAAACAACCAAGAAAACCCUGACGGUCAGCGACCAUCCCCAGAUGUUAAACCUGAAAUUAAUGUUGUUCCAAGGGUAGAAUUUGAAGCUAAUCAAACCGCAGAAAAUAAUCAAGAAAAUCGUGCUGCUGAAACACCAGCAGAGGAAAAUAAUCAAGCAAAUCUUACUGUUCAGGGGUCAGUUCAAGGAAAUAACCAAGAAAACCCUGAACCUCAGCGGCCAAUCCUACAAGUUAUGCCAGAAAUUGAUGUUGUCCCAGGAGUAGAAUUUGAAGCAAACCAAGCUACAGAAAAUAAUCCAAGAAAUCGUUUUCCGUGGCGGCUAGCAUCAAGCUUUAACCGAGCAACUCGAUUUACUCAAGUUCAAGCUGAAGCUAAUCAAGAAAAUCAAUUCGCUCAAAACUAAGCUCCAAAAGCUUAACUGUCAAUUGAUUUCCACAAAUGAAUUAAUUUUUUUUUUGGAAAUAAAUAGAAAUAUUUAAAGC